AUGAACACAACAACUUUUCUUGUUUCUCUAUUAAAAGAUUCUAAUACUUCAAUCAUAAUUAACCAAUCAUGGUUUAUUCUUGUCGAUAUUCUAGCACUUAUAUGUAUUAUUCUAGCCAUUUUAAUGUCAUUAUUAUUUUUAUGUAUUGUUUUAACCGAUAAAACAUGUCAUACUGUUCCUAUGAUACUUAUUACUAAUUCAUGUUUUUCUGGUUUUUCAUUAACGCUUAUUUUAUUUUGGGUGACAAUUUUUACACUUUAUAAUGAUCUUCAACAAAUUUAUUAUCAAGAUUUAUUUUGUAACUUUCGAGGUUAUAUGGGUUAUGUUACUUGUUUUGCAACAAUGUAUUCUUAUUUCUUACAAGCGAUUCAUAGUUAUUUAAUAGUUAUUUAUCCAACUCGUUUAUUUUGGCAAUCAGCAAAAUUUCAAUUUUUGCUCAUUAUUUUAACAUGGAUCGCUGCUUUUAUUUAUGCAUGUCCACAAAUAGCUACUAAUGCGAUCAAAUAUUCUGUUGAUGAUCAAAUAUGUCAACUACCACUGCAUCUUUCUUUCUUAACAGUUUAUAAUCCACUUUUUGUUUAUAUAAUACCAAUAAAUGGUAUUGUAUUUAUUUAUUUGAAAUUAAUUCGAUAUGUUAAAGAAAUGAAUAAACGUGUUACAUUAGUAAAUAGAUUAUUACGUGCAAAGAAAGAAUUAAAAAUGGUUUUUCGAAUUGUUAUACUUAUAUCAAUUUUCUUAAUACUUGGUAUACCUUAUACAAUAUUUGUGUUCAUGGGAUAUUUUACUUCACCACCAAAAUAUCAUUUUCGUAUUGCUUUGACAUUUAUCGAAAUAUCAUUAGUAUUUGUUAUGAUUGCUUUAUUUAAAUUUACUGAUCCAGUUCGAACAUCAAUAAUGAAAAGAAUAAAUAGACAACCAAAUGUAGUUGUAGCAACAAUAAUAUAA